AUGGCAAAGUCUCUGUUUAUCGGAAAUCUGUCCAACACGGUCACCUUAAGCGACCUUCGGGCCUUAUUCGGGCCGAUUGGCGAAAUUUCUUCCAUCAGGUUAUCUAAAGAUGUUCGCACUGGCCGUUCACUCGGCUACGGUUAUGUUACUUUCGAAACGUCAACCGAUGGUAAGCUUUUUUUUUUUUAUUUUCAUUUCUGUCCAAGGCGAAAUACGAUUCACCCCCGCGUACAAUUCAUUAUACGUGUUAAUUACGUGCGCGAACAGGUGAAAAAGUGCACGGGACGCUACGAAAAUCGUUAAAUACCUACUUAUUUUUAUAAUAUGACGUAGAUUCUCUAUAAGUGUACAUUCAAUAGAAAACCCGUCGUUAAAUUCGUAUUUUCAUUCUAGCUAGUCGAGCAAUAGAAACCAUAAAUUGCAGCCAAUUGAAUGGAAAACCUAUAGAAAUCGCGUGGUCGUGGCACGAUCCGGCCGUACAAAAAUGUCAAAAUGCGAAUUUGUACAUUAGCGGUUUAAAACCAGAAAUUGACGCGAAGUGCCUUUACGACACUUUUAUAGCAUUCGGUGAAUUAAUCAGUUGCCAAGUAAGUGAUUGUGUUCAAUAAUUGUGCUCAAAUAAUGGUAAUAAUUUUAACUUAAACAUAAUAGAAAAUAUUGAUUUCAGAGAUUUAUUUAAUUAAAAAGAAUAGAAUAAAGUUAAUAUUUAAUUCCUUUUAAGCGUGCAAUUUCGUUUAAUGCGUUAUAGUUAUAAUCUAUCUAGGUAGCUUAUGACAAACUAGGCGUAUCAAAGGGAUACGGGUACAUCCAUUUUUGGAAAGAAAAAGACGCGGAAGAAUGUGUAAACAAAUUAAACGGUAUUUGCAUUCAUGGACAGGCGAUAUAUAUCAGUAAAUCUAACUCAAAAGAAGAUCGACAGAAUAACAUAACGGAUCAAGGAAAAUUUACGAAUGUACACAUUAGUAACCUAUCGGAAGAAUUUAAUGGCACCGAUUUGUACGACAUGUUUGAGGUGUAUGGUGAAAUCACCAGUGUAAAGGUGUGUUAUUAUUAACUUACGUCAUUGCUGUUAUUUGACUCACAAAUUAUUUGGUGUAACGGUACGUUCAUAAUUUUAAACUGAUAGGUAGUCCGCAAAGAAAAUGGUGAUUCUAAACGAUUUGGAUUUGUAAACUUCCAAAAACCCGACGAUGCCAAAAAGGCUGUGGAAGAAUUAAACGGCAAACCGAGUCCAUCCGGAGAGGUUAAUAUAUUAUAAUACAUUAUAUGUUUUAACAAAAUUAUUGUCACAUAUCAUAACUAAAUAUUUUAGAAUUACUAUGUGUCGUGCGCUCAUCAGAAAUACGGAAGUAAAGACACGCCUCUCAAAACGUUCGAAAACACUGAAAGAGUAGAACCGUCGAACAAGGUUAAUUUAUAUAUAAGAAACUUAGACGGUACAGUAACGGACGAACGAUUGAAACAUGAAUUUAGUGCAUUUGGAGUUGUCACGAGGGCGAUAGUAAUAAAUUAUUUUUUAUUUUUACCUACAAUGUCCUAAUUCAAAAAUUUUUAAGUAAAUGACUAAAAUUAUUGCACACUAUAAGGUGAUGAAAGAAAACGGGCGAAGCAAGGGCGUCGGAUUUGUUCAUUUUGAAACAGCAGAACAAGCGAGCAACGCAAUGGCACAAAAGAACCGGAGCGUGAUAAAUAAUAAUAUUAUUUAUGUGUCAUUGGCACAAAGGAAGGCGGAUCGCUUGACGAAAAACUCAAAUAACAAAUCUCUUGUCAAUGCAGAAACCGCCGAACCGGAAGGUGAUUUAAAAAUUAAUAGGUCUAGAUUUAUUAGAUAAAACAAACAUGUUUUUUGCAUAAGUAAUGUAAGGCCCGAUUACAGAAACCUUAAUAUGUCAAUCGAUAUUUUAUAUUUUAUAUAUUACUCAUGAUAUUUUAGGUAAUCAAAAUGUUGAAUCACCGAACAGACUCACAGAAGUUCGAAAAUCCGGAAUAACAACCGAUAGGAACAACACGUUGUAUCGUGGUAAUGUAAUAUUCAAUUGUUUAUUUGCGUAUAACGGGGUUGAAAAUACAAUAUAAUUAGGACAAAUGAAAUUUAGCAAAGAAAGCAUAGUUUUCUUUAAAUUUUUUUCUCGUUCCAAACGGUGAAUAAUAGGUAAAACCGUGAAAGACGAAUGGUUCUUCAAAAAAAUGCAUUAUCUAUGUAUCAUACAAUAAAUUAUUAAUUUGUUUGUACAGCUUUCUAUACUAUUUUUGAUAUUUUUAGAUUCUGCAAACAAUACCUCACCGUACCGAGCAACAGAAAUGCAGCAUCCUAGAAUAACACCUGGGAAUAACAUGUAUUAUGGUAAUAUUUUAUCCAAUUAUUUAUUUACGUAUAUGGAAAAUACAGAUUUAGUUAGAUCCUAAUACACAAGAAAAAUAAAAUAGCAGAAAAUAUUAUAACUGUUAUAACUUCUUAACUACGUACAUUUAUAAUUUCGUUUUAUAUUUUUUUUAUUAUUAUAACAAACGAAAUGGAGCAAAAAAGAAACUUAAAAAGAUACACUUUCUUUCCUUUUUUUCUCCUUCCAAACAAUGAAUAAUAGGUAAAACCGCGAAAGACAAAUGGUUCCUCAAAAUAUUUUAUUAUCUAUGUACCAUACAAAAAAUUCCUCAUAUUUUUUAUAGCUUUCUAUAUUANUAAUACAUAAGAAAAAUAAAAUAGCAGAAAAUAUUAUAACUGUUAUAACUUCUUGACUACGUAUAUUUAUAAUGUCGUUUUAUAUUUUUUAUAAUUAUAAUAAACGAAAUGGAGCAAAAAAAAAACUUAAAAAGAUACAUUUUCUUUCCUUUUUUUCUCCUUCCAAACAAUGAAUAAUAGGUAAAACCUUAAAAGACAAAUGGUUCCUCAAAAUAUUUUAUUAUCUAUAUACCAUACAAAAAAUUCCUCAUAUUUUGUAUAACUUUAUAUAACACUUUUGAUAUUUUUAGAUUCUGCAAACAAUACCUCACCGUACCGAGCAACAGAAAUGCAGCACCCUAGAAUAACAUCUGGGAAUAACAUGUAUUAUGGUAAUAUUUAAUCCAAUUAUUAAUUUGCGUAUAAGGUGCAUACAAUUUUACAUAAGUCCUAUCAUUAAAAAACAUAAAAACGUAGAAAAAAUUAUACAUUUUAGAGCUUUUUAAUACGUACAUUUAUAAUGUCGUUUUAUAUUUUUUUAUAAUUAUAUAAAAACGACUUGGAGCAAAAAAGAAAAGUAAAAGGACACAUUUUUUUUUAACGUUAUUUUCUGUUUCCAAACGAUGCCGAAUCGUUAAAACCGCGAUAUUAUACCGUGAUAACACCUGAGAAUAACAUGUAUUAUUGUAAUAUAUAGUCCAAUUUUUUAUUUGCGUAUAUGGAAAUUACAGAUUUAGUUAGGUCUUAAUAUUAACAAAAAAAAAGCAGAAAAUAUUAUAAAUGUUAUAACUUCUUAACUACAAGAAAUUCUUAAUUUUUUGUACAGUUUUCUAUUAUACUGUUGAUAUUUUUAGGUUCUGCACAUAUCAGCUCACCGUAUGGAGAAACAGAAAUCCAACAUCCUGUAAUAAUACCUUGGAAGAAUGUAUUCAAUUGUGGCAAUAUCUAUGAUUUUUUGUGA